AUGUUAUGUUUGUUUGUUUCUAGUGUAGUCCAGUGUAAUGGCAAUAUUAGUGUCUCAAGAAAUAUUUCUCCAGAUUUCCAUAUCAAUACGAGGCACUUGCUCGAAAUGUGCUUUGCGGAUGAGUUGAAGCCAGUGGCUGUUACUGUCGAUCUGAUUGAUAUCGUGUAUGAAAUCCAAAGGAACGAAACUGCUGAACCAUCGAUAAUUGUUAUAGAUGAUCACUUUUUAUCGAAAGUCAUCAAGGAAUACUAUCCGCGGCAUCCAUCUUUUCUUCUAUUUGGUGAGUCGUUCAAUGCACUGGUGAAAAUUUUUCGUGAGAUAAAAUCAGCGAAAAUUUGGAACCCAAAGUCACUGUUCGUCAUUGUUGGAACACAAUGUCAAAAUUCGAAAGCCGUGUUGAAGUUACUGUGGCAGAUGGAAGCUGUUUCAUCAUUCUUCGUUUGUCAAUAUGAGAUCAACAACAAAACGCUGAUCCUUACCUUUAACCCUUUUUCAAACUACGCUCCAGAGCCUUGGCAACAGGUGGCCAUUGAUGAUGAUUCAAAAGAUAGAUGGACGAUCUUCGGGCAAUUUUUCGUAAAUGAUACAGAGAUUUGUGAGAGCAUCAAGUUCGACAAGUCGGUACGGUUGAACAGAUUUCCAAUAAAAAGUCAUCACUAUGAUUUUCGAGGAAAUCAUGUUUUAAUCGGUAAGCUCCCAGAUUUUGAAUAUUGGCCUCCAGUUUAUAAAGAUUUGUUUGAAACUUUGCAUUCCGUAACGGACAGUACACCAGAAUCGUAUAUAAGUGAUGAUAUGUAUGAUCGAUCAAUAGAAUCUGGUACAAAUGACUUGAGUGCACGCUCUAUCCCGUUGAAAUUCAUCCCCGUAGAGUAUACUUAUGUUAUGGCUUUUUACGAUCAAGAAGGUUACGUGAUUUUAACGCGAAAACAAAACACCGUACCGGUAAUUGAUGAAAUCGUAGAUGGUUAUUUUGAUAUUUGGACAGCUACUAUGUCGGGUUUCAUUUUGACGAUGAUUCUAGUUGUUAUUUAUAUAAAUAACAAUCAUCAUCUCCGCGAGACGCUCUCAGAUAUGUUGUCGUUGAUGUUAGACAUGGGUUUAAUGGUCCCAAUGAACCUACUGUCAAUGAAACUGGCCUUUUUUUUCGCGACUGUGUUUAUGUUGAUUUUUAAUCCCGCGUUGCAGGGUCAUUUGUCCACUGCUCUCGCGAAGCCGACACGUCAACAAGUCGAUACCCUAGAACAGUUGCGUGAAAACAAAUUUCAUCUAUACUAUGAUGAUAUAAUUAAUGAGGAAAUAAUGACGACAGGACUGUGGUCGGAUGCUUCGGAUAAGAAAUAUUUACAUACAAAAGAGAUGUUCAAUUAUCUAACGUGCGAACAAAUUCUUUUAAAAGAUGCCUCAACUGCUUGUGUUAUAAAUACUUUUUAUCUUAAUCUUGAAAAAAUACAUGAUGAAAUAUAUUUAUCUAAAUACCUGUAUUUUAACGACUAUGAAGUAUUCGUAAGUAGAAAAAAAUGGCCACUCAAAGAUAAAUUUGAUGAGGUUGCGAUGAAUUUUGUCGAGACCGGGCACGCAAAUUAUCACCGAAAAAAAUCUCUUUUUAAGCGAAUAUUACAGAAAAAAAAGAUAAUUGAUAGAAUCAAAGCCGUAGAAGAAUAUGAACAAUUAGACUUCGGGUAUUUCGAAUAUGACUAUCUUAUAAUCCCUUUAAUCUCUUUCUGGACAAUCCUGGUACUGAUUAUCGAAAUGAUUAUCAAAAAAUUUCAGACUUGGAACAAAAAACGACGCCAAAAGUCAAAGUCCAAAAAAUCUCAAAUUCGCCGACGGAUUGCAGGCUUAGUUAGACGAAUGGCUAGCUGCUGUCGCUCACACAGAAUAAGUCGUGUAAAAAUCGCAUGA